CUUUUGAAUAUUCAAUGCCUACUCCAGAUGUUGCAACACUUCAAGCUUAUCUUUCUCCAUUGGGGUCUCAGAGUAUUAUCCAUUCCAGAUUUUUACAAAUUCCAUGGAGACAACAAGCCGGCUUCUCAAAGCACUUAAAAGGCCUCUCUAAAUCCGGAAAGCUCGACGAAGCCGUCGUCACUCUGAUAGAGAAGUCGUCCUCACUCUCCAAUCUCUCCAGCCCGGAGGCUUACACAGACGUUCUUCACGCCUGCAUCUCCGCUAGAUCGCUUCACCAUGGCCAAAAGAUCUGCUCUUUGGUUCUCAACAGCCCUAGUCUCCGUCACGACCCCAAAUUGCUAAGCAAGCUCAUCACCCUUUUCUCGGUUUGCCGCCGAUUGGAUCUCGCUCGGGAAAUCUUCGACGGUGUCACCGAUCCGACCCUUCUUACUGAAAAAGUUUGGGCGGCGAUGGCGAUUGGGUACUCUAGAAACGGGUCACCGAGAGACGCUUUGCUUACGUAUAUAGAUAUGCUGUGUAGUUUCAUUGAGCCUGAGAAUUUUUCAAUUUCCGUUGCGUUAAAAGCGUGCAUUGAUCUGAAAGAUAUCCGGGCUGGGAGAGGAAUCCAUGCGCAGAUUGUGAAACGGAGGGAGAAGGUUGAUCAGGUGGUGAAUAAUGCGCUCUUGAAGCUUUACAUGGAACGUGGCUCGUUCGAAGACGCACGCAAGUUGUUCGAUGGAAUGCCUCAGAGAAACAUUGUUACUUGGAACUCUUUGAUUUCUGUACUCAGCAAGAAAGUCCGAGUUCAUGAGAUGUUUAAUCUGUUCAGAAAGAUGCAGCAAGAGAGAAUCGGGUUUAGCUGGGCGACACUGACGACAAUAUUGCCCGCUUGUUCACGUGUCGCUGCUCUUCUCACAGGGAAGGAGAUUCAUGCGCAGGUUCUGAAAUCGAAAGAGAAACCUGACGUUCCAUUGCUUAACUCAUUGUUGGAUAUGUAUGGGAAAUGUGGAGAGGUUGAGUAUUCUAGGAGGAUCUUUGAUGGUAUGUCAAGUAAGGAUCUGACUUCAUGGAACACGAUGCUAAACUGUUACGCAAUCAACGGGAAGAUCGAAGAAGAGAUCAAUCUGUUUGAACGGAUGGUAGAGUCAGGCCUCGAACCAGAUGGGAUUACAUUUGUUGCCUUGUUAUCAGGGUGUAGCGAUACAGGGCUCACUGAGUAUGGUCUAAGCUUGUUUGAACGCAUGAAAACAGAGUUCGGAGUUUCACCGGCCUUAGAGCAUUAUGCUUGUUUGGUUGACAUCUUAGGCCGAGCGGGUAAAAUCAAAGAAGCAGUCAAUGUAGUAGAGACAAUGCCCUUUAAGCCAAGUGCAUCCAUUUGGGGAUCACUGCUUAAUUCUUGCAGGCUCCAUGGGAAUGUUUCAGUGGGAGAGAUAGCGGCAAAGGAGCUGUUUGUUCUUGAGCCCCGUAAUCCAGGGAACUAUGUUAUGGUUUCUAACUUAUACGCUGAUGCAAAGAUGUGGGAAAAAGUGGAUAAGAUCCGAGAGAUGAUGAAACAAAGAGGGAUCAGAAAAGAAGCUGGUUGUAGUUGGAUACAGGUUAAAGAUAAGAUUCAAAUCUUUGUUGCAGGGGGUGGAUACGAGUUUCGUAACUCAGAUGAGUAUAAGAAAGUAUGGUCAGAACUACAAGAAGCAACUGAAAAAUCCGGUUAUUUUCCUGAUACAAGCGUGGUGCUUCAUGAUGUUGAUGAUGAAACUAAGGCAAAUUGGGUUUGUGGACACAGCGAGAGACUCGCGACUACUUAUUCUCUAAUCCACACCGGUGAAGGGGUUCCUGUUAGGGUUACCAAGAACCUGAGGGUAUGUGCAGACUGCCAUUCGUGGAUGAAGAUUGUAUCGCAAGUAACUGCAAGAGUCAUAGUCCUCAGAGACACAAAACGAUUCCACCAUUUCGUUGCCGGCAUCUGCUCAUGUAAAGACUACUGGUGACCAGUGAAAGUAUUCGAUUACACCAAGCGCAAAAUAUAUUAACAUUUGCAACAAGCUGUGAAUACAAGCAAAAAGUGCUUUGAGCUUUCUGCCAACAAGAGAGCCAUUUGCUGAAGCAUCAUUAUAGGAGCAUUUUCCAGUUUGUAGUCAGUUCAUAUUGUAUAUCUAUAACUCAAUUGUAUGUCAAAAGUAAUCUAUAAAAUAU